AUGCUACGACGCACACUCGCGCUCUUGCAACAGGCGGCGACCGCCUCGACCUCCUCUGCCGAGUCGAGCCUCGCCGCAGAAGCGCAGCUUUCACGUCGAAAGAAGACCUUACCAUCGCUUCUCUCCACACUACCUAAGUCAGGCGUAGGGUACAAAGUGCGGCAAAAGAGAUGGGCUGCGAAAGGUGUGGACACGCUUCAUGGUCAAGAAUACGAAGGACCUGCCAGGACCCAUGAGGAGCUCAGUAGGAGGACAGAUAAGGAGCACGAAUGCUAUUGGCACGUCACCAAGGUGAAGCACAGGGAAGAUGGUACCCCUGCGAGAGUCUGGGGACAGCUUGUUUGGCGAGGUAUGUUGACCUGA